UGUCGCCUCUGCUGCACCAGCUGCCUGUCCAGUUCCCGGAGCUGCUUCAGAAAGCCCCGGUUGGGUAGGACGCAGCGGUUCUUGGCCACUUGUUGGAUGGCGUCCACCAGGGUCAUGUUCCAGUGGAUCAUCAGGUGGAGGAUGGAAGAAGCCCAGUGGAGAGAUGCAUCAUUCAUUUCAGCAGGAAACUUGAAUAUCUAAGUGGACCCCCUUGAGCCUGCAGAGAUUGGCCAGGUAGCCAUGUCCAGGAGUGAGAGCCACAGAACAGGCCUCCCGAUUAACAAAAAAACACCAUUGAAGGAUCCUUUUGAUGGGAAAAGAUAGUUGAAGAAGAAAUGGCUGUUCCUAGUCAACUCUGCAUUCGCCGCUGGACUACCAAGCAUGUAGCUGUUUGGCUGAAGGAUGAAGGCUUUUUUGAGUAUGUGGAUGUUUUAUGCAACAAGCACCGACUUGAUGGAGUCACAUUGCUUACAUUGACUGAAUAUGAUCUCCGAUCUCCUCCUCUGGAAAUCAAAGUCUUAGGGGACAUUAAAAGGUUAAUGCUCUCAGUCCGAAAAUUGCAGAAAAUACAUAUUGAUGUUUUAGAAGAGAUGGGAUACAACAGUGACAGUCCCAUGAGUCCCAUGACGCCACUUAUCAGUGCUCUUCAGAGUGCAGAGUGGCUCUGUAAUGGGGAGCCUUCGCAUGACUGUGAUGGGCCCAUCACUGAUUUGAGUUCUGAUCAGUACCAGUAUGUGAAUGGUAAAAACAAACAUUCUAUUCGAAGAUUGGACCCAGAGUAUUGGAAGACCAUACUGAGUUGUAUAUAUGUUUUCAUAGUAUUUGGAUUUACAUCUUUCAUAAUGGUUAUUGUCCACGAGCGAGUGCCUGACAUGCAGACCUAUCCACCACUCCCAGAUAUAUUCUUAGACAGCGUUCCUAGAAUUCCAUGGGCAUUUGCCAUGACAGAAGUAUGUGGCAUGAUUCUCUGCUAUAUUUGGCUCCUGGUUCUUCUUCUUCACAAGCACAGGUCCAUACUUCUGCGAAGGCUUUGUAGUCUGAUGGGCACUGUCUUCUUGCUUCGCUGCUUUACCAUGUUUGUGACCUCCCUCUCCGUGCCAGGACAGCACCUUCAGUGUACUGGAAAGGUAUAUGGCAGUGUAUGGGAGAAAUUACACCGGGCCUUUGCCAUUUGGAGUGGCUUUGGUAUGACCCUAACUGGCGUUCACACUUGUGGAGAUUACAUGUUCAGUGGCCACACAGUCGUCCUAACUAUGCUGAAUUUCUUUGUCACUGAAUAUACACCAAGAAGCUGGAAUUUCUUGCACACUUUAUCCUGGGUUCUCAACCUCUUUGGAAUCUUCUUCAUUUUGGCUGCCCAUGAACAUUAUUCCAUUGAUGUGUUUAUUGCCUUUUAUAUCACAACGAGACUCUUUUUGUACUACCAUACUCUAGCCAAUACGAGAGCAUAUCAGCAGAGUAGGAGAGCAAGAAUUUGGUUUCCUAUGUUUUCUUUUUUUGAGUGCAAUGUUAAUGGUACAGUCCCAAAUGAAUAUUGCUGGCCAUUUUCAAAACCAGCAAUAAUGAAAAGGCUAAUUGGAUGAAGACUAUCUUUGUAAUGGGCUCAUGACUAAAGAUGCAGUCAUUGUUGAAAGUAACUUUGUGUUCUCCCCCCAGGUUGUUCCUGAAUGGUUUUUUGCCUAUAUGUUGACAAAGUUCUCUGUCCUGAGCAAGGCUGUGACCAUAGCAAGCCAACAAGAACAAUCAAGAGUCCUUACCUGUCUGUCAACAGAAGUUUAAGUAGAUGUAUUCUGCCCCUUCUCUUUAGGCAGACUUAAUAUUAUGAUUGAAGGCAGGCUCUUAGCUUUACCUUUUGAGUAUUUGCCUAUUGAACUUAAGCUAAUCAACUUAAAGCAGUUUGCUGGUUGAAAGAUGUAAAAAGAAAGAAAAAAAUUCCCCAGUAGGACUCUAGGCAAGAAAUAUUGAGAAGAAUACUAAUAAUUUGUUAGGCUGCUUAUUUUCUUCAGAGGAAAAACCCCUACCCAAUGAGCAGUACUUGUUCUUUGAACUAAUCUCUGUGUCUUUCUAAAAAAAUGCAACUCUGGGAAAUGAUCCAUUUUACUGACAAAUUAAUUUUUGCCUUCUGAACUGUCUGUAAGAAAAGUAUACUGAAUAUACCAGGAUCCUUGAAACGAGAAUGAAAGAGGCCAUAUAUAAGAUGACAAAGUACAAAUAUAACGCUGGCAUUUUUUCACCAAAAUUAACAAAAGAUUCAAUUCUGUUUUUGUUCUAAGGGUUUAGUAUGAUCAUCAGUAAGUAUUCAUGAGGGAAAAAAUGUCUGCAUCCAUAAAAAUAAAAUUGGCUUAAUUUUAGUGAUGAAAGUCCCUGGAAUAACUUUGUGCUGUGACUGUUAGCCGGAUAGAUGACAGGCCAAUUUUAUGCUUUUUAAUGAUGUUAUUUAAUGAGCAAAAUGAGAGUUUUUAUCAGAUGUUAGAUAAAGUUCUUAUGUCCUUAAAUGGGGAUGUUUGCAUGCAAAUUUUUCUCUUUCUGAAAUUUAUAACAGGUUGCAGGCAUAAUAUAACUAUUUGGUUUUUGAAAUUUCUCAUCUUGACCAUCAGAUAGCCUCAGACAUAUUUGGAUAUGAAAAGGUUUUGUUGUUUUUUAUUUUUAAAUACAGUUGUGUACAUACAUUCUUUCUAUUUAGCUUUAAUUUGGCAGUCAGGAGUAAUAUAACUUAGUUGCUGUUUACAACACUAGAAAUUUAGUACCUUAAGUAAUUUGACCUCUGUGAUAACCUUUGUCACUUUAACUUUUAAUGAUUUUGUACAGUAGUUCUGAUAGUAGGAUGGUUCCAGAAUUAGAAGUUGAACCCCAACUCAUGAGCUUAGCCACUUGGAAUAUUAAUUGUGUAGUUUUGCAUUCAAUUUUAAAACAAGGAGUUAGAAAAGGUGCUGGCAUAUUGAGGUCUAAAAUUAGGCCACUUAGCAGAAACAUGCUGUUUAUAUAGUGAAAUAUUUUAUUUUCGCACUUUGAGUCAUAUUCCCACCCCCUGUAAGUUACAGAGGAGCCUGAGUGGAUUGGGCGGGAAACAUAUAAUGCAAGCAAGUUUCAGCUAGUGCUGAGUAACCCCAGUUUGGGUUUUCUCUGAAUAUUGUUUUUUUAUUUUUCACUUGAGAAAAUGUCAUGAGAUAAUAUAGUUUUAUUAUGCUUUUAUUUUUUUUUAUUUUAUUUUCUUUUUAAACUUUACAUAACUGUAUUAGUAUUAUGCUUUUAAAUCUCAUACUUUAGAAUCUGAUAAUACCUUAAAUUGUUGAUUCUGUUACAUUCUGGGGAUGAAAAUGUCAACAUUUCAUCCAAGGAAAGUGCAUAAUCAUGAAAGUUGAAGGAUGUUUCCUAUGCAGUUAGAGUAGUUUGACCCUUGAAUUCAAAAGAUACAUAACAUCCACUUUUUCCAAAUGACAGAAGAAGCCCGAAUUUAGCUAGGAAGGGACUGAUGUUGGCUUUUGGAAAAAUGUUUGAAAAAAAUCCGUGGCACCAUUAAUUCAAGAAUGUUGAAUAACUACUUAAUGGUAAAUUUCCUAACAGCAGUCUUCUUUCCUUCAUAUGGAUUUUAUUCUAGAACAAAAUAGGAAAAAAAAAAAUUACAACUAACUUUGCAGAGCUAUUGAUACUGAGAGUGCCUAACAGCACACUGCAAUGAGGAGUAUAAAAUAACUUCCCAACCUUCCUUUUACCAUAUCCGUUUUGAGGAAAAGGUAAGCUAGAUUUAUAAUUUAUUGUUAUAACUAUUACAAGGCAGUGUUUACAUACAUUAAUCAUCUCCAGGUCUCUUCCUUGGAAAACUUUGAGACAACAUUUUUUUCCAUUUCUUUUUUUAAUAUAAAACUUAUAUUUUUGUUACUUAUUGUCUUGUCCAGAAAUUUCCAGAUUUUGUCUUUGUAUCUUUUUUUCUUGUAACAAUUUUGUUAAAACCAUAAUGAAAGUAGAAUUUACAUUUUGACUGUGACUGUGGCUAGAUAGAGAAACUGCAUGCCUUAGAUCUACAGAUUUUUCACCUUGUAUGCAGUUUCAAACAUGUAAGAGGUUUACCUCAUUAAACACUGAGACUUCAGUGUAGAGGGAACCAAGGCAAUUUUUUGUUCAGGGAUGCAAACUGGAGGUUAUACUGAAAGUCUUCCAUGCAAUUUCUGUCUUCUUAAGGGCAGCAUUAGCUUUUUUACUUUUUUUAAAAUUCCUUGCAGGACAGUGUUACUGAAGGUUAGUUGAAGUUUGUAGAGAAUAUCAGGUUUAGAAGAAGGCAAGUUUGCUAUUAUCACCAGAUAAUUUGGGAGAAACCUUUUUUGGCUAUGCUGCAGAAUUUUCAACAUGCCUGUCUUCUCCAUAAUCCUCUGUAGCCAGAACUGCUUGGGUAAAAGUACACCUUCCAUAUGCUAGGUCUGUUUAUUAGUAUCACUUUAAAUCAGAAUGUAGUGAAGUCAGCCACAGAGCCAAUCAGUUAAAGGAGUGUGGACUGUUCACAGGAAGAACUCCAUGCUCGAGACCUGCUGAUAAUGUAACUCUGGCACUGCAAGUGGCAUUCUUCCCUACCCUGUACCUGCUUAAAAUUCUUACUUAAAAUAAUAAGGACAGAGGUGCCAAAUCCUUUUAUAGCUAAUAUGAGACCCUGUGUUUUGAGGACACUUGUUUGGAAAGUGUUAUUAUAUAUUCAAAGUGAUAUUCAUAACACUAACCUGCUUUGACUGUAUUCAGUAAAAAAGCAAUUUCAUUGUCAGUUUCAUAGUAAACUUUUUUUAAAGGAUUCUUGUUCCAUAAUGUUUUAGAACAUUAACCAUAUUCUUGUUUUAAACUCUUUAAUAAAUUUAAUUCUUUGAUUGUUUUCUUGUAGACUUAAAUUAUCCCUUACUAAAAGUAAUUAUAGUAACAAUCAUUUGCCAGUUCUUUGCAGGGAUUUGAGAUAGGCUAACUCUUUUAUAGAAUAGUCCCAUGGCUUUCUUAAACAGUAUUGGUUUCAUUUAGAGAGUUUCAGAGCCAACAAAGCAUGUCAACUUUAAUGCCAUCUUUACUUGGCUGUUACAGUUUGCAUUUGUGAAAUGUUUAAUCUGAAUUACCCUGUACUGCUGUAGAGGAAAUUGUUAGUAACGUCAAAAGUCAAACUGUUGCUACAAGUGACCAGUGAGAAAGGAAAGAGGUUGAGGGAUUUUUCCUUCUCUUUUAAUAGCUUUGAAUGACUCAAAUUACUAUGGAAAUAGGUUUUGGUGCCCCUCUCGCUUAUUCCUCACCCCCAGCAAAGACCACCAACUUCAAGUAACUAAAAUGUGGCCUAUUAUUUUGCAUUAAGUUGAAUUAAAACAUCUGUGCAAUCUAUAAGCCAUAAUUCAGCUUCCCCCAAAGUUAAUUUUUUAGACUAUGGUUCUACCUUAUAUUAGCCAAGGACUUUUUCUCUGUGUUCUCCAUGUUUAUGCAUAAAGAAGUUUUGUACCUAAUAUGGAAGGAGAGGGAGUACUAUGUUAAUUUUGCUGUUAUUUCAGCUCUGUUUCAAUCUGAACUACUGGGUUGUCUGAACUAGUGAAGCAUUACCAGUUAGUAAUACCAUCUUUAAAAUGGUCAAUUUUAACAAUUUUUUAUUCAAAGAAUCUAUGACUUGUUAGGACAAUUGAAGUAUUUCUGAUAUGAAACAAAAGAAGUGGAGACUGGUACUUAAUGGGGGAAGCAAAAUUAGCUUGGGCUAAAAUGGGCAUGUUUUGUUCUAUGAAUUCUACCUAAAUGUCACCCAAUGUGCAGAGAAACUAGUAUUACUUGAAGAUGUGAAAGUUCCUGUGGUAGCCAUACCUUGAAGCACAGUAUUGUAUAUAAGUAAAUAUCUCGAUUCUAAAUUAAAUCCAGAUUAACUAAUAUAUAUUAUUUUAUAUCUUUGUUGUAUUAAAAUGUUUAAAAACACUAAAAAUAAAACAUUUGAAAAUUGGA